AUGGAGAGCGACAAGGCCGAGAUCGACGAGAUCCGGCCCUUCGGCAAGGCCCGGUCCACCGUGCAGGGCGAGCCACUGUCGCAAGACGAGCUGAAGAAGUACGAUGACUUCUUCAAGGCCAGUUGCUACUUGUGCCUGGGCAUGAUCUACCUGAAGGAUAAUCCUCUCCUACAAGAACCCCUCAAGAAGGAGCACAUCAAGGCCCGCCAGCUCGGCCACUUCGGAUCUGCACCCGGUCAGAUAUUCACCUACAUGCACUUCAACCGCCUCAUCAAGAAGUACGAUGUUGAUGCUCUGUUCGUCUCCGGUCCUGGUCACGGCGCGCCCGCUGUGCUGUCGCAGGCCUACCUCGAGGGCACGUACUCCGAGGUCUAUCCCGAGAAGUCCGAGGAUCCCGCCGGUAUGCAGGUAUUCUUCAAGCAAUUCAGCUUCCCCGGCGGCAUCGGCUCGCACGCCACGCCUGAGACCCCUGGCAGUAUCCACGAGGGCGGCGAGCUGGGUUACUCCAUCUCGCACGCUUUUGGUACCGUUUUCGACCACCCCGAGCUAAUCACCGUCACCAUGGUCGGUGAUGGCGAGGCUGAGACUGGACCAUUGGCAACAUCAUGGCACAGCACCAAAUUCCUGAACCCCAUCUGCGAUGGUGCUGUCCUCCCGGUGCUACACCUGAAUGGCUACAAGAUCAACAAUCCCACCAUUUUGGCUCGAAUCACGCACAAGGAGCUCGAGCAGCUGAUGCUUGGCUAUGGCUGGCAGCCGUACUUCGUAGAAGGUGACGAUCUUGAGUCGAUGCAUCAGGCCAUGGCUGCCACCUUGGAGCACUGCGUGCAGGAAAUCCGGAAGUUCCAGAAGCAAGCCCGCGACUCUGGCAAGCCAUUCCGCCCGCGGUGGCCCAUGGUCAUCCUACGCACUCCCAAGGGAUGGACAGCGCCCCGCAAGCUCAACGGCCACUACUUGAGCGGCUACUGGCGCGCACACCAGGUGCCAAUCACCGAUGUGAAAACGAACCCAGAUGACCUGAAGGUUCUGGAAAAUUGGAUGCGCGGCUACGAACCUGAACGUCUAUUUGGCGAGAAAGGUAAGAUCGGCCCGGAGCUGAAGGAGUUAUGCCCUACUGGCCCACGCCGCAUGAGCGCCAAUCCCGUUGCCGAUGGCGGCCGGCUCACGAAGCCGCUCAAGAUGCCGGACUUCAAGGACUACGCCAUCGAGGUGACCCAGAGCGGCGGAGUCCUGGAGGGCAGCAUGAACAAUUUCGCAGGAUUCUUGAGGGACAUCAUCAGGAACAAUCCGACCAACUUCCGCCUGUGGGGUCCUGACGAGACAGAGUCGAACAAGCUCUCUCGCGUCUACGAAGCCGGAAAGAAGGUGUGGAUGGGCGCGUACUUUGAAGAAGACUCCGAUGGCGGCAAUCUUACUCCCUUCGGCAGAGUCAUGGAAAUGCUGUCUGAGCACACCUGCGAAGGUUGGCUUGAGGGCUACAUCCUCAGUGGGAGACAUGGGCUCUUCAACUCGUAUGAGCCUUUCAUCCACAUCAUCGACUCGAUGGUCAACCAGCAGCAUUGCAAAUGGCUUGAAAAGUGCGCGGAGGUGGAGUGGCGCACCAAGGUGGCCUCGCUCAACAUUCUCCUCACCGCGAUAGUAUGGAGACAGGACCACAACGGCUUCACCCACCAAGACCCUGGGUUCCUUGACGUCGUUGCCAACAAGAGCCCCGAGGUUGUUCGCAUCUACCUGCCUCCUGAUGGUAACUGUCUGCUUUCUGUAAUGAACCACUGCUUCCGCUCGUCCAACUACGUCAAUGUAGUCGUGGCCGACAAGCAGGACCACCUCCAGUACCUGAACAUGGAGCAGGCCAUCGAGCACUGCACCAAGGGCAUCGGCAUCUGGCAGCAGUUCAGCACCGACGCGGGCGCCGAGCCCGACAUCAUCAUGGCCAGCUGCGGCGACGUCAUGACCAACGAGUCGCUGGCGGCCAUCGACCUGCUACUGCAGCACUUCCCCGAAAUGAAGAUCCGCUGCGUCAACGUCGUCGACCUGUUCAAGCUGAUCCACCACAGCGAUCACCCGCACGGGCUCAACGACAAGGAGUGGGUGGCAAUUUUUACCGACGACAAGCCCGUCAUCUUCAACUUCCACUCGUACCCCUGGCUCGUGCACCGCCUGACAUACAAGCGGCCCGGCAGCCAUAACAUCCACGUUCGGGGCUACAAAGAAAAAGGUAACAUCGACACACCUCUCGAGCUUGCCAUCCGCAACCAGACGGACCGCUUCAGCCUGGCGAUGGACGCGAUCGAUCGCAUACCGCAGCUCGGCAACCGCGGGGCCACGGCGCGCGACACGCUCAAGAACCAGCAGCUCGCGGCCAAGAACGAGGCCUACGAGAACGGCAUGGAUCCCCAGUUCCUCACCGACUGGAAGUGGCCGCAGAAGGGCAUCCUCGAGCGGAACAAGGAGACGCUGGAGAAGUUGAAGCUUGGGGGUAAAUAA